AUGAUCGGACUUCCCCACAUGAGCAGCCUGGGUACCCAGCCGGAGGCCGAUGGCUCUCCUUCCCCCAAGACUGCCAGUUCUGUCCCCGCCAUGGACGCAAAAGAAGGGAGGAUAGGGAACGCCUUUGCGUGCGAGCGCUGUCGAAAACACAAGGUUCGCUGCGUUCCAUCUGACACGCCGGCUCUCUGCCAGAGAUGCCAAAAGGCAAGAGUCGAGUGUGUGGAACAUGUUGCGCGCAGGCGGCCAGCAAAGGCGCGCAGCGAUGGCCAAACACCCACCAAGCUGCGCGACUUCGACAAGAAAUUGGACAAGUUGUCUGCUAUCGUUGCGACAAUGGCGCCGGCUCCGACACAAUGUAGUCUGCCAUCGGUAGCCACCAUCCCAUCGCAACUGUUGGACUCCACACAGCAAAUGCCGACGCCGACACCAAUCACCGCUCCGCCUGUAUCGAUGCCACCAGCUCCCAGGACGUUAUCACUCCCCGCUCAUGCAAACCAGUCCGAAAGUUCGGCGUCAUUCUGGGAAUCAAUGAACGACACACUGUCUUGCCUUGGCCGACUGGAUCCUGUGAUCAGAUCGAUCAGCCUGGUGCACAUGCAGAUGCUGCUCGACACGUAUCGCAGCAUGGUCGACUUUUUCCCCUUUGUAUCCCUACCGAGAGACGCCCGCUGUCAGGACCUCUUCCAGAGCCGGCCGAUGUUGAUGUUUGCUGUGCUAACAGUCUCUUCUUACGAUUCGGUCCCGCUUCAAAGAGCACUGAGCCUAGAAUUCCGUAAAGUGGUCAUGGUCCGGAUAAUGAAAGGCGAAAAGAGUUUGGACCUCCUACAGGGACUCUUGGUCUUCAUAGCCUGGCACCAUCACUACAUGGAUGUCCAAGCUGUUUCGAUCACGAUGCUUCUACAAUUGUGCUUGGGUAUCGCACACGACCUGGGUCUGGACAGUAUAGGGAGGACUGUGAGGAGUCCUCUACAAAAGGAAAGCCCGCGUGACAGGGAAGCUAAGCGGGCUUAUCUGGGAUGUUACUACUUAUCUUCCAACCUGGGUCUGAUGGAGCCAGUCAAAGCAAGGACCAUGACGCACACCAGCACACUCCGGAACUACGCUUCGGAACUGGCCUCUUCGUGGGAAAAUACGUCAGAUGCCGUCCUUCCAAUACUAACCGAUGUCUGCCAAUAUAUGGAGGACGUGGAGGAGACUUUCCGUAACCAGUCAGAGCAAGCAGUGGUGGUUCGUACACAAGUCAAACGACUGAGCGACAAGUGGGAGAAUAUUCGUCUUGCAUCCAAGCUGCAAGCGAAAGACUUCACAAUACUGCAAUGGCUACAGCUUGCAGCACGCAUACACCUGUAUCGAACGGCAGCUUCCAUCGAUCUCGUAGAUCGCGAUAGUACACCGUGGGCUUCGGGCUUCCAGCUAUCACUACGCGUCACCUUGGUCCGGUCCGUCGAACAGUUCCUUGACAACAGCACAAAGCUCCCGACCAAGCAUUUCGAUUUCGUGUCGCUGAUCGACUGGCUCAACCUGAUCAACACAAUCACCAGCUUGAGCAAGUUGGCCAUACACGCCUCGCCCAUGCCAGGUUGGGACGCUAGCGAGCUCCAAAUAGCGAAGUCAUUCGACUACUACCGCGAACAGCUAUCCUCGCAAAUGCCUCGCCCUCGCGAUGCUCAAGACAGUCAAGAAGACGCGUUUGAGCGCUUCCGACGCAUCACUUCAGUCAUGCGACUAGCGCUGCACGAUGCAAUGGGCAGGGGAAGCCCGAACGGCAACACGUUUGAGCUAGCGACAGGCUCGGGACGGACUGUGUCUCUCCUCCACAAUCUGUCACUGCCUAAAAUCAACGGGAGUGGUACGACCAAUGGAGUGGAGAAAUUACCGAGUUUACGGGACGUGACUCCGUCGCUCGAUAUUACCAGCACCGAUUUCCACUGGAAGUUCCUCAUGGGCGCGGUCUGA